AUGGACAGCCAAUUAAGUGUAAACUGUUCUCCUGGAACUUUUCAACGCAUACAAAGUGAUGAAAAUUAUAGGAGGGAAAUAAUUGGCGAGGUUCUAAAGGGCCAAGACAGCACGGUAAGCGAACUGGUGUUUACACCGGUUGAACACUCAGCGUUGAGCCAGGAAAGCGUAGCAGCUGAAGAAGAUUUUACGCCAAUUCAGCCCAGCGAAGAGGGGCCAAAAAUGAUUUGGCUGGAAGCACCAACGAAGUUGAUGCUAUCGUUGCUGCAGGAGCUUCAGCCGAAGGUGGGCAAAUCGGUGCAGGUAAAAGAUAAAACCAAGAUGUGGAAGAUCAUAGAGGAGAGAAUGGCGUUUGAGGGCUAUAAUUUUUCAAGCGUACAGAUUGAAAACAAGUUUCGCGGUCUUGAGAGACAAUUUAAAAAAACGAUGCUGCAUAAUAGGAGAACGGGCAGCAACAGGGAAACUUGUCCUUAUCAAAGUGAGUUGAAUGAUAUUUUGGGGAAAAGGCAUUCAGUAAACGCCAGUUAUUCCUUGCACAGUGCAGACGUAACCGAGCCUUAUUUGUCCGAGAGCGCUUCCGACUUGGAUCAACCAAUGCAAGAUGAAGAAAUCGAUGUUGUAUCAGUCAGUGACAAGAAGCUACCCACCAAUCCAUCGGAUCGUGAUCGUCGCGCCAUCGAACACAAAGUUGGCUAUAGGUUCUCAACAGCGCGAAUUGUCAAGAACCCCAACGGCAUACGCACCAUACCACCACGUCGCCGCGGCUCCUACACUCUACCUUACACACCGGCCAGCAGUAGUCCGGUGAAGUCAGUUUCUACCUCACGUUAUCCUUCACCCUCAAGCACACCCUAUCACAGCGGUAACACCACCACCUACGCCAACAAAUUUAUUCUACAACAACAGGCUAACGCACUAAGCACUGACGCCAAUAAUGGACAUUGUCAUAUUAUCACUAGCAGCGCUGAUAAAUCACGUAAGCGUCUCACCAUGAACAGCAGUGCCAACAGCAGUGCUGACGUCAGUCGCGAUCUGGAUUAUACGUUGCCGCCGAGCAAGAAGCAUCGCGGUAAGAAAUCUUGUUAG